UAACGCACGCACGGUGUGUCGUCGUCAUCGUCGUGUGUUCGUGCGUGCGUGAUUAUAUUAUUAUAUAUUUAUAAACGCGGGCCCAGCCAUAUAUAUAUAUAUAUAUAAGUAUAGCUGCAGUGAUUGAUAAACCAGCAUCAGAGAGUGUGCGCCGCGGUACAGUGUGCUAUUGUUGUUAUUGCAUGUGCUGCUUGCGAGCUUGUGUAAGUGUGUGAUGAGAAGCAGGGAAAAAAGGGGAACGCAGCAGCAGCUUCGUUGGCGGUGGUGUUGUUGGUUGCUGCUGCAGCAGCCACAACUAUAGUGCGACAACGAGUCUAGUGCCAGAAAAAGAUUCGAUUUGCACCUUUGGGGUGGAAAAGAAGAAGAAAGAAGAGGGACACGGAGGCGACGGUGAUGAUGCUGGGACGUUAUGUCGUUGUCAUCUUGGUUGGACCGUCCGUCCUUCGCUCGUACCAGCGAGGGCAAAGUGCCGUGUACGUGCAGUGACUGUGAUUGUGUUCAGUGCGAGUGCGUUGGGAAAGAGAGGCGACCCCGACGAGGACGGGAGUGCAAAAAAAGAAUCUAGAAAAGAGAACAAGCAGACAACAAGUGUUGCUGUUGCGUGUACAUGUAUAAGCUCUCGAAUAUCUGUGCGUUCGUGUGUUGUGUGGGCAAGUUUAGUGGAGCAUAGCAGGGCUGGUCGUCCUCGUCCUCCUCCUCCUCCUCCUCCUCCUCCUCCUCCUCCUCGUCAUCGUCGUCGUCUUGUCGACAUGUGCCAGAAAUUAGCAACACUGCAGAGCUGUAGUAGCGAGUUUGGAGCAGUAGUAACAGUAACAGCAACAGCAGAAGAAGACGAAGGAGCAGCAGCAGCAGCAGCGCAACAACUCAGGCCAGCGACCCGUACGUCGCCGCCGCCUCUGACCGAACCUGUAUUUCGCUCGAUCGUCGUCCCCCUGCCGCCUCCUCUUCUUUUGCUGCCUCUGCCUCUUCUGCUUUUUCAGCGCUGCAGCAGCUAAAGGGAAGAAAAUAGAGAGAGAGAGAGGGAACGAGCGCGAGCGGCGACCUUCGAGGACGCGCGUCGUCGGAGCCGCAACGCAGCAGUGUAUACACACGCGAGAGGAGGAUACUAUAUAUAAAUACAGGCAGCCCGAAGUACCUGUAUACACAAACACGACAGUAGACACACACACAUUCGCCUGUCUGGUUAUAUACCUUGAGACUACUCGCUGUCGCCGCCACCGCCACCACCGAGAGGAGGAGCGUGUGCGCAAAGUCUGCCGCGUUAUUACAAUUUGUCAACCAUCAGGUGACGUCAAGUAUCAUCUAGUGCUCCAAAAAAUAUCCCUUCUCUUUCAUGUUUAUAUGAGGUAACAAACACAGUGGAGAUGAAGAUGUUUGGAUUCAAAUCAAGCCCUCAGCUGCUGAGGGACAGCGUGAGUUCAGGAAGCUGAUAUUGGACUACAUCCUUGAGAGAGGGGCUCUCCUCUCGUGGCUCGUGGGGGCCAAGGAGGCUGCUACUACUGCUCGAGACUUGCAAGUUUUAUCGGAGAUUAUGUUUGGUCUGCUCGAUGGAUUGUUGCAAGACUGAUACUACUACUACUUGUUACUAACUGAGUGAAGCAAUUUCCAAAGUGUAAUAGUAAUUUUUUGGGGACUUGGUAGUGUGAUGCUGAUGAAUCUUUGCAGUAGAUUUAACAGGACAGCAGUGAAACUGAUGAAAAUGGUGUUGUGAGAAAAAUGUAGGUUUUUUUCUACCAGUGAAUUAAAGAAGUUGAAAAUGGUUUUUUCCGAAUCAUUAAAAGAAGUGCAGUGAAACAAAAUUGUUUGGUCUGGCAAUUGCUGGUGUUAUCAUGUAAAAAAGAGUAGCAGUGGUUACAAGUUCUGGACUGCUGUGUCAGUGCAAAGAAAAAGUAACAGUGUAUCAAUGUUUUACGUGAGAGUUUUGCUCAUCUGGUCUUCCUAAAUUUAUUGUUUUCCUUCGAGUAGUCGAUUAAUAAUUAAGCCAAAACAAGCAACAAUGGAGACCCUACUGCCUGGUGAUACCAAUGCCCAGUCUUAUAGUCCACAACUGAAGAAUGUAUUGAAAACAUAUCAACUGUCGGCCACAAAGAGCCUACAGGGUCCAAGCUCGGCUCUGCUUGGUAUAGAUUGCAAGGGAAUACUGCAAGAUCCAUCGGCGUUUCGUUUUUCACCACCCGUCUGUACGGCAGGUACCUGCGGCCUGGACGUUAUUGCAGUUUCCGCUGAGCAUGUGCCUAUCAAAGAGAUCGAGAAGAGAGAACCUUCGCCGGUUCCCAUCACAGCAUCUUGCAAAGAUCUUCGUCUGGAAGCACCGCUUGAAGACUCGGAUGAUGAUCCUCUGGAGAGGCCAAAGGUGUGCGCGAAGCGCGACUCGGAGUUCCAGAUCCCGAUCUUUACGGCGCCUGACCAAUCGUGCUCGGAGCGCUGCGAGACGGUCCUCGAGGGCGAGCGGAUAUCCUGCUUCGUCGUGGGUGGCGAGCGCCGGCUCUGUUUGCCCCAGAUCCUCAACACCGUUCUCCGGGAGUUCUCGCUGUCCCAGAUAAACCAGGUGUGCGACGAGCUCCAGAUCUACUGUUCGCAGUGCCUGCGCGACCAGCUCGACGAGCUCAAGCAGUCGGGCAUACUGCCCCGCAACGCGCCCUCCUGCGGCCUCAUCACCCAAACGGACGCCGAGCGCCUGGUCAGCACCCUCCUGUCGAGAAAGGAGCCCUACCUGCAGCUCGACGACAUCCACGAGGAGAAGCGCCGUCUGGUGAUGGCGGCAGCGGUGGCCGCCGUCGAGGCCAAGGCGAAGGAACUCGACGGCAAGGAGCCGGCCAAGAUCGCGCGCUUCAAGGUCUACCACGAGUGCUUCGGCAAGUGCAAGGGGAUCUUCGACGCCGAGUGCUUCGAGUCCGAGGACUCGCCCUGCGUCGAGUGCCUCGAGUGUGGCUGUCGGCUGCCGCCUCAGAGGUUCGUCAGGCACGCCCACGGCUCCCAGGAGAACCGCACCUGCCACUGGGGCUUCGACUCGGCGAAUUGGAGGAGCUACCUGCUGGCGGCGCGCGACCAAAGGGACUACUCCAAGGUCGCCGACUUCUUCAAGGAGCUCAAAGAGAAGAAUCUCGUGCCCAACCCCAAGCGUAAAUUGGAGAUACAGCACGAGUCCGAGAGGCUGAUGAAGAAGCUGAAAAAGGACAUUGGCAGGGACGAGUUUGCCAGUUUGUACAACGGCAACGGCCUGGCGGGCCUGUACCACCCGGUGUCGGCGGCGGCGGCGGCGGCCAGCGUGGCCGAUCCCUUUUUGAGGGCCAGCAUGCAGUGGGCCGUCUUCGAGCUGGCCGCCCGCGAGGCCUCCUCGGCAUUCAGGCCCUGGAACCCCGCGGGCUCGUGCAAACACAGGGACAGCUCACCGCUGGUGCCUGCGUACCUGAGCCGAGGGCCACCGGUGCUCCAGCAUCCAGAGCGCGUGGUGCCCAUGUCCGAGUGUGAGCGCUUCGAGCCGCACUUCCAGCCAAACGUGGCUCUCGCUCCGAUACCAGCCCCCGUAGUGCCACCACCACCACCAGCGGGCCAGGCUCUAGCUCUGGUGGCCCCGGUACCGCCUACCAUAGUCGCCCCGGUGGUGCAGCCGACGCAUCGGCCGUACCAUCGCUCGUCGACGCGCCACAACCACAUUAGUAGGCACAGGUCAACGAGCCCUGACGAGAAAAAAGCGACCACGGCCUCGUUGAGCACCUCUCCGACGACGGAGGCUUUCGCACCCGUCAGCGUGAAAAUCGAGAAGCCGUCGUCGCCGUGCCUACCAGCCCCUUCGGCCGCUGCCGAGCCUGCCUACGUGCCAGCCUCCGUACUGAGGUGCAUAUCGCCACAGCCACGGGCGAGGGCGUCCCCCGAAAGAUCCGAGCCUAAGGUAGUCGUGGUGGCCCCGCUGCCGCAGCCUACUGUUCUGGCUCGGGUCGAAAAGGACAGCCGGAUGACGCCCGAGGACAGCAAGGAGGCGCCGGUAGCAGUCGCGACUCCGAUGGUGGUCGACACCACUGUCGAGCAUCCCGACGACGACGCGAAAGAGGAUGAAAAUCCUGCCGUGACCUCGUCCACGCCGACGCUAGCGGCGGCCGCAGGAUCGGUAGCGGCACCAGUUGUUGUUGAACCAGUGCCAGCCGAGCCAAGCGGCUCCUCGUCGCCGGAUCAUUGCGAGACCACGGCGGCACCGACGACGGUAGCUGCAGUCCCAGUAGAGUCGGAUCUGGAGAGCGAGCUCGAGGAGCGCCUGAAAGCGAUGGAGGCGCCGCGGGAGGUAAUCGACACCUUGAGGCGCCUGUAUGCCGAGCUGUCCAGCUUGAGACUCGAAAACGAGAGGCUCAGGAAGGAGUUGAGCGAGCAGCGACGCUUGGCAACCGAGACUGAGACUGUAUUGACGCAGCAGCAACUGCAGGUUGGCAAGUGCGACGCGGCUGACAGCACUGAGGGUAGUGGUAACAGUAGUAGCAACAGUUGCUGUAAGCUCGACGCGGUACAAAUAAGCAAGGUCAUUGUGGAGGCUAAGGAGGUGAGCGUAGGGCCGACUGGUAGUAGUCCUUGUACGACGCCUACGUCGGUGGUCAAGGAUUAAUGAGGGAACGGAUGCUUGUGUACUUACGUUCAUGAUCGUCCGCCUCCGUUUUUAUUAUUCUCACGUUUUAUUAUCCCGUUUAUGGAAAACAAAUUUUUUUGUCACUGCUGUUUUGCGAUACCGAGACUUUAAGCACAGAGUACGAUUGUGAGAUUAUGUCUGCCUUCUGGUCGUUUGGAAAAUUAUUUUUUUCUCUCUCUUUUCGAGAGCAACAGUUCGGAUUCCUCGGAAUUUGUUAAACAGUAUUCUGAACAUUAAAUUUGUUUAUUCGUCGCGGGUGGAUUUCGAAUUUUGACAAUUUUUUUUUCUAUUAAAUGGGGUUUUAUUAAAUCCCGAUGUUGUUUUAUUUGUGCAGGGCCUGCAAUGCAUAGCUUAUAUAGACUAAUUGUAAAUAUAGUUAUGAAAGUGGUGCCCUUUGAUUUUUUCCGUAAUUAAUUUUACGAAACCAUUCGAACUGUUACUUUUACUGAAUAAUUUAAGCUCAUGUUUUAGUUAAAUUAAAACUUGAAAAUUCUAGAAGUAAAACUUCUACGAAUUAUAAAAAUGAUUUUUUUUUCGUCUUAUUCUUCGGUUGUGAUUUUAUAAAUCAAGUGAAAAUCGUAGGACUUCAGCUCACGUUAAAAAUUUAAUUUGAAAUUCGGUGAUUGAAAAGUGAUACAUCGUGUUCGCUUUCAAAAAGAGAACACGCUGGAAAAUUUAUUUACAAUAAUUUAAAUUGGAUAGCUUUAAUUUCGUUGCGAUAUAAAAAAG